AAUGAAAGUAAAGAGACCAGGAGGCACAUGGAGGGAGCUGCAGGGGCAGCAGAUCCGGAAGCAGAAUGCUUCCUUCUGUAAUUAAAUAACAUUUACUAUUAUUAUUACUAAUAGUAAUAAUACUAUAAUAAUAUCUCUAGUAAUAUCAUACCAUUUAUCAAGGAAAGUUAUACGUAGUGUGAGUGGGGAAAAACUCAAGCAGAGAGGCUAUAAUGGAGAGACAGAAAAGGAAAGAGGAAAUAGAGAAGGGACUUCAAUUCAUUCAGUCCACAUUACCCUUAAGCCAAGAAGAUUAUGAGGCCUUUCUGCAGAAGUUGGUGCGGAACCUUUUUUCAGAAGGGAAUGACCUGUUCCGAGAAAAGGACUUCAAGCUGGCACUGGUGCAGUAUGUAGAAGGGCUGAAUGUGGCAGACUAUGCAGCCUCAGACGAGGUGAUCAUUCCAGUGGAGCUCCUCUGUAAGCUGCACGUCAACCGGGCUGCUUGCUACUUUGCCAUGGGUGUGUACGAGAAGGCAUUGGAAGACAGUGAGAAGGCUUUGGUACUUGAGAAGGAGAACAUCCGUGCCCUCUUCCGCAAAGCCCGUUCCUUAAAUGAGCUGGGGCGACACAAGGAGGCAUAUGAAUGUAAUAGCCGCUGCUUGCUGUCCCUCCCACAUGAUGAGAGCGUUACACAGCUUGGUCAGGAGCUCGCACAGAAGCUGGGUUUAAGGGUUCGGAAAGCAUAUAAGAGGCCUCAGAUGACUUCCAAUGGAUUGGGCUCCAUAGAUGAUAUUGAAACAGACUUCUCCAUGGACCUGCAGUGCAUCCCUGCUCCCCUUGCUACCUCCAUCCCUGUGAGUGAAGGCACAGCCCUUUCAUCCUCUGACAUGGACACAAAGGGCCUGUCCACUUCUCUGCCUUCCGCCACACUGCUCCCUUCUCCGGAUUGCAUGUCCCUGCCCGUGCCUGAGAGUGUAGAGGACUUCACAGAUGGGGAGGUUAUUGGAGAAGAACUGGACUCUCUCCUGGAUUCCCUGGCUGAUGGGUCGCAGUACUCUCUAUCUCUAGUCCAGGGGACCAUUCCCACCAACUUGCCUACUGAGAUGCCCCAGCUGAUCCCUGUGUUUCCGGGUGGAACCCCUCUACUGCCCCCCGUGGUGACAGCCAACAUCCCCAUCUCCACACCACUGCCACCUGCCUCCUUCGGCCUGGUGAUGGAUCCCACCAAGCAGCUCUCCUCUUCAUCUGUCCUGGAUGCCUUUGAGCCCACAGGGGGCAGUGGUGGCUCCCCCUUGGAUGCGCUGGAUUCACUGGACCUGCUCCCGUACUCAGAGCCACGGCUCGAUGCUCUGGACACUUUUGGGACUAGCAGGGGCUCGCUGGACGCCUUGGAUUCCUUUGCUGUGGAAGAAACUGGUCCUCAGGAACUGCGGCACGCUGUUGGGAGCCAGAAACCAUCUCCUGUGGUCAGCCUUGGGGUGAGUCACCCUACCAUACCCAAGGGUGCAGAGCUCUUGCAGUCUCAGCCAGAGGUGGUGAUGCCCAACACAGCCCUGCUAGUGAAGAACCCUCUGGCAUCCACUCACAUCUUCAAACAAGCCUGCCACCUCUGCUACCCCAAAACAGGCCCCAAGGCUGGUGACUACACUUAUCGGGAAGGCCUGGAGCACAAGUGCAAGCGGGACAUAUUGCUGGGAAGACUGCGAAACUCUGAAGACAAGACCUGGAAGAGGAUCCGGCCACGCCCCACCAAAACUAACUUUGUGGGAUCUUACUACUUGUGCAAAGAUAUGAUUAACAAGCAGGACUGUAAGUACGGGGAUAACUGCACCUUCGCGUACCACCAGGAGGAGAUCGACGUGUGGACAGAGGAAAGGAAGGGAACCCUCAAUCGUGACCUCCUCUUUGACCCACUGGGAGGGAUCAAGCGGGGCAACCUGACCAUUGCUAAGCUCCUGAAGGAACACCAGGGCAUCUUCACCUUCCUCUGUGAGAUCUGCUUUGACAGCAAACCCCGGAUAAUCAGCAAAGGGACCAAGGACUCUCCAGCUGUUUGCUCCAACCUUGCUGCCAAACACAGCUUCUACGAUAACAAGUGUUUGGUUCAUAUUGUGCGUUCCACCUCCCUAAAGUACUCCAAGAUCCGCCAGUUCCAGGAGCAUUUCCAGUUUGAUGUGUGCCGGCAUGAGGUGCGCUAUGGCUGCUUGCGCGAGGACAGCUGCCACUUUGCCCACAGCUUCAUCGAGCUCAAGGUCUGGUUGCUGCAACAGUACUCGGGGAUGACCCAUGAAGACAUUGUCCAGGAGUCUAAAAAGUACUGGCAGCUGAUGGAGGCACAUGCCAGCAAAGCCACCAACAGCACGGCUGCCACCCGGGCUCCAACAUCAAGCAGUUUUGACCUCCAAAUGAAAUUUGUUUGUGGCCAGUGCUGGAGGAACGGGCAGGUGGUGGAGCCAGACAAGGACCUCAAGUACUGUAGUGCCAAAGCCCGCCACUGGCUGGUGAUGUCCAAAGCAAAGAGGAAGUGGGUGUCUGUCCGACCACUGCCUUCCAUCCGCAACUUCCCACAGCAAUAUGAUCUGUGUAUCCAUGCACAAAAUGGCAGGAAGUGCCAGUAUGUUGGGAACUGCUCCUUUGCCCACAGCCCUGAGGAGAGAGACAUGUGGACCUUCAUGAAAGAAAAUAAAAUACUGGAUAUGCAGCAGACCUAUGACAUGUGGCUAAAGAAACACAACCCUGGAAAACCAGGAGAGGGGACGCCGCUCACGUCCCGGGAAGGAGAGAAGCAGAUCCAGAUGCCCACCGACUAUGCUGACAUCAUGAUGGGAUACCACUGCUGGCUGUGUGGAAAGAACAGUAACAGCAAGAAACAAUGGCAGCAGCACAUCCAGUCAGAGAAGCAUAAGGAGAAGGUCUUCACCUCCGACAACGACUCUAGCUGUUGGAACUACCGCUUCCCCAUGGGCGAGUUCCGGCUCUGUGAAAGGCUCCAGAAGACCAAAGCCUGCCCUGAGGGGGAGAAGUGUCGCUAUGCGCAUGGCCAGGACGAGCUGACCGAGUGGCUGGACCGGCGGGAGGUGCUGAAGCAGAAACUGGCCAAAGCUCGCAAGGACAUGCUGCUGUGCCCCAAGGAUGAUGACUUUGGCAAAUACAACUUCCUAUUGCGAGACGGUGUAUAGAGGGAGAGGGGGAACCUGUUGACUGGAGAAACAGAGGCAAGUUUUCAAAGGGUGAGGCUGGGGCAAGGAGACUGAGAUACUGGUCUCACAAGGAGAAUUUUUUUUCUUUUGUUUCAAGAUUACCAAUAUGAUUUUCUGAUGGUGAAUGAAAUUGUAACCCAGUUCUUCUCUGGGCAGCGAAUGCCAUGCUCAUGAAGUUUGUUUUCUAUUUUCUCCUUUCUUUUCUUGUUCUCUUCCCUCCAUUUUUUUUUUUUAAUUGAAAGGAAUGAACACAGUCGGGCAGGGGAGAGAGAGAAUCUUUUCUUUUUCAUCCCCUGCCUCGAGGUAUUUUGGGACAUCGCAGUAUCACAAAUGCAGCUGAGGGGGCACCAAGAGAGGGGGAAAGGGUUAUUGGGGCUAGAUGUCUGCAGUCCUUGACCUCAUUCUCCUCAGCAUUACGGAGCAGAUUCCCCUUCUCUUGCACACUGUCCUGGAAAAACAAUAUAAAGAAGCAUCGUAGCAGGUGAGGAAAGCAUUUAACUCCAUGUGAUUUUAAAGCUUUGGUUUUAAAGCUCCUGGCCUUUUAGCUAAUGUGGAUGACAGCAAAGGAGCAAAAUUACACCCCAAAUCUUCCCCUGAGGAUAACCGUUUUCUAGCCCCCGGCCUACAUGGAUUCAAUGAACAUAGCUGAGAAAACAAUCAGGGUGCUUUUUACAGAUGGGGUAGCUUGAAAGUGAGCAUAAAUUACUUUUUUGCUGUUACUAUUGAUUGUAUCCAAAAAGCAAACUAAUUGUGGAUCAAUUGAUGCCUUUUUCAUGGACAGAUGAGAGUGCAGAUUUUUUAAAAAUUGGUGUGAUUAUGUAACUAAGACUGAAUUUGUCCAUAGAGUAUAGCUAAUACUAUGAUGCUGUUGUCAUCUGUGUGUUCUGGGCCUUGGGAUCAAUCAGAAAAAAGGAGGUACCAGGAAAGGAGCUUGUAUUUUUGUCAGUGGUAGAAGGUCAGUCAGCUUCUGCCUGGGGGAUUACCUUUUUAAAUAGUCUGUAUUCAUGGUUACUUGGAUAUGGGUUUUGCACUGUCAGAGGAAGUGGGCAUAAAUCAAUUAAAGGAACACUAUCAAGUAGCGUAAGCUCAAAAUUCAGAGUUUGUGUUUGACAAAGAAUGCAUUUGGAAAUUAUUUCGAUUGAAAUAAAAAUAAUGGGUAUAGUCUGGUUGCUGGAGGGGAUUGAAGCCUUCUCUUGCAGAGUUGCAAAACCAAACUCGAUAGUAUUCAGCUAGUGCAUGGAAACUGGAAAAAAGCUAACUAAUAACGGAAGACAAAACUGACUAGGGUAGUUUGAAGCUAAGUGAAGUGCAAAAACCAAACCAAUAGCAUGCUGACGAGACCAAUUUUAAGAGUUCUUUUAUUUUUAUUAAACUGAAGCCAGUUAUUAAUGCAAGAAUGUUUGCUUGUUCAUAGAAUGUGAUUUUACUUUGACUGUGUGUCCCCCCUCUCAGUCUGCCCUCUUCUCCUCUCCUGCCCCCCAAAAAAGAAAUUAACUCUUCCUGUAUCCCUUCUCAGACAGAGGACAAGAUGUCUCAGCAACUUUCUCGAAGAGAAGAGGAAGAUCAUAUUAGUAAUAUGAGGGUCCCUCUGGGUAAAUAUAAACACAAAACCUUCCAGCUCCCAUGUCCCCAAAACGUGACACCUUGCUUUUUUUGGGUGGGGAGUGUUCAACGGAGGGAAAUUUGUGAGGUUUUUUUGUAAUCAUUAUGAACAUUGGGUUUAAACUGGUUUCUAAUCUUUUAUGCCUCCCUCCCCUUGCCAGACUGCCAGUGCUAUGAGUAGUCAUUUUCUAGCAAGCUGGCCUCUGCCUGCAGGAAGAAUAGAGAAGUGCCUCUUUUCCAUGGGAACAUUCAGGUAUCCAGGUGAUACAGGAGCCUUUGAUAGAAUCGCUGCACCAUGUGGCGCAAAAGAGGGAACAGCUGUUGGGUCUGCUUCUGGCGUUGUAAUGACUUGCAUUUUGAAUUAGGUCAGCUCUAGGGUGACCUAGGGUUGACACUCAUGGUAUGUCUACACUGAAAAUGCUGCUGCGUUACUUCAGUGUAGACACUACCUAUGCUGACAGGAGAGGUUCUCCCAUCAUUGUCAGUAGUUCACCUCCCCAGAAGUGAGAAGUGGGACAGUGGGAGAAUUCUUCUGUCGCCCGAGCACUGUCUGCACCAGGGUUAGGUCUGCAGAGCGGCAUUUCUCAGCGAUGUGGAAUUUUCACACCUCGAGAGUUCUAGCGAUUCUGCUGUAUGUUCCCAGUGCAGACCUGCCCUCAGACUGUAUCGUCUGUAUCGCCAAAUGAAGCAGCCCAGCUAAAUGUUGUGCCUGUGAGAGCUAGUACUGCUCUCCAUUGAGCCCAGCUGAAGGGAUCCAUUAGUGCGUGUGGCAUGUCUGGCUCCAGCGGGAAGAUCUGUGAUGUGGCCCAACACGUGCCAUCUGUAGGCAAGUUGGCAGGAUGACGCCCCUUCCCAUUGUUUGAGUGCAGCGGGAUUGAUGCAGGGAUAAGUUAACAUGACAGACUGUCUGUAGUGCCUCUGCUGUACCACCUGCUCUCUUGCCUGGUUAAUUUGAGCAUGGACAUCUCACCAGAUUUUAUAUUUCCAAUACUGGAAUGAUAUAAAUUGUGUUUAAAACAGGCCAGGCCAGCUCAAAUGGAGGAACCUGAUUGGCUGAGUUGGGGUGCAGAGUCUCAUAUAUAAUUCCACUGAGUCAGGAUCUCCGUAUUUAUAAUGCAAUAAUGAGCUUAGGCCAACACACCAGAGUUUCUCUGGGAGUCAGCUUGUGCCUCCUAGUCCAUCAGUAAUUGGGGAAUGGGUGUGCUGGCACCUGCCUGCUUUGUCCUGAGCCCUCCCUACCCCUCAUCCUUAUUACAGUCCAAUACAGUCUGCAGGUGCAUGCAUAGUUUGGCACAGCACCAUCGGCUCAGGAACAGACAAUCCCGCCUCUGGAGCAAUGUGCGUUGAGUAUUUUUAAUAGGGUCUCAUGAGAAUAUUUGGCCUGUGAGAAGUCAGAGCACUCCAGUGCUGUAUGUAUAACAAAUAAAACCUGGCUGUAUUUUGCUUGAUGGUUCGGCAUUGUUGGGCCCCAUUUUCUUUACCCUGCCUCUGAUAAUAGCUGUGUUCCUAGAUAAGAAAAAUGAGGUAGGGAGCAACAUGUAGGAGAUACUGAAUUGGCAGCUGGCACUUUUAUUUACAGACACAACUCUGGACACACACAGCUCACAGGUAGCUGGCUCAGCUCCUGCAUGUUGGUUAGAGCCUGAGAGGAUGAAUGAGUUAAUCUAUGGUCUGGUCUUCCCAAUAACUGCUGUUAAGUUACUGGGUCCCCUGGACAAGCCUCUAACCCCUCCAUGCUUCAGUUUUCCCUUAUGUGAAAUUGCAGUAAUAGUGACAUGAGGCUUCAUUUAUUCAUGUCUGUACAACUCUUGGCACUCCUGGCCUGGAAGUGGCUCUAGGAGUUACAAGCAGUGAAUGCAUAUUCAGGCUUUGGACAGAGAGGUGGGAGUAGGGAUGAUGUUUUUUCUCUCAUCCCUGCACACCCCAGGGAGAUGACAAAGCAGUUGGAAAGAUCCAACUCCACUGAUUCCCCCCCCCCUCCAUUCCCCGGCAUCCCCAUGUUUUAUUAGAUGCUCAUGUUUUUUGAGCUGGACAAUGCUCUGUUUGUUUCCACCAAUCAGGGGUGGGGCCUGAUUUCUGUUCAUAUUGUAAACCGGGCACCUCAUUCCCUGGUAUAUACAUUUCAUUGUUUCAAGCACUGAAAUUGUAAAGGCUGGAAGGCAAGGGAGAGAGAUGCCGGUCUUCUAUUUUGCCACAUAUAGUCAUAAUAUAUAGAAUUGCUGUAACACUGGAUUAAGCAAAAUUACAGGAAUGCAGCUGCUGCUAAAUGAGCUAAUCUGGCCUUCCCGUCAUGCCCCCCUUUUUGAAACUGUCUAAUCCCUGCUUUAUCAGCACGCCUUCAGCCUGUCACUCCCUCUGCAGAAUUUAUCCCAAAAAAAGUUAUAUUAGCACAUGUUUCUUGGAGUGGUGGCAAGCACAUGUGCAGGGGAGAAGAGAGGGAAAAUGAAUUUUGGGGGGAGAAAUGCUUGUUUUUUAUUUGAAAAACAAAUCUGCAUUUACAAUGUAAUUGUUGCGUUUGCUACGCUGUGACUCGGGAGUUGAUAAUUUGUUGAGAUUACGGAGGGGCUGAUGUCCCCCCUUCUCUUUAAUCAAAAUGACUGCUCUGUGCCCACUUUUCUCCAGACAUAUAGUGUUACCUGAGGGGAGGGGCAAUUGGGCAAAGAGGGGUGGGGAUGCUCAAGGGCAUGGCAUAUCUAUUUUUGUUUUCCCAGAUAUGAUAACCUGAUCUGUGGUGUUGCAGUAUUUUGUCACAGACUUGUUUUAGUGUGUAUAUAUGUGACCCCUGUGAAGCAUAUAUACACAGGUAUUAAAUAUAUCGCUCUAUAUAAUAUUAUAUAUGUGUGUGGUAUCAAAGGAAUCUUCUUUAAUGAGAGUAAAGGAAAAGGACUCUCUCCAGGAAAUGCAGCAUCUCCUAUUUUAACAUGAAGGUUGGUUUUUUUCUGGGGUGGCGAAAAGGAGGAGUUUAUAGACAGAUACAAAGUUCAAGCUGAGAUAGGUUUCCUGAUCACGCCUCUGAAAACCCUCCGGUGAUGUCCUUCCUACCCCACCCCAACGAAAGAGUAUUCAGGUGCUUAGUUAAUGAGUAAAGUUACCAUUAAAAGCUUUGCUUAUAUGUAUGUCAAGGGCAGGAGAUGCCAGAUUUGACCCCUCAUUUUAUUUUGCUUACUUUUUAAGUGUGAGAUUUCAUCUCACCAAAAAAUUCAGCACUAGCAGCUCUACGAUAAUUAAUUCAUAAGUUCCAGUGUUUGAAAGCAACCCUGCAACAAACCAGUAUGCUCAGCCCAGCACUCUGACCAACUACAACAACAAUCUAGCCUAUGCAUUGUGGGGGCUAAAGAGAGAAUUUGUAGCAAGGAAAUAAAUCUGAGGGCUAAUGAGCAGCAUUACCAAUUUUUUUAA